GUCCAUGCAAUGUGGUCAUCUUCGCUCGGGGUUCCCCAAAGAGCAAAUGGACGAGCGCAGGCCCCAUAGCACUCCAUAUCCAAUGACCUGCAAUCUUCCAAGUCAGGUAACAGCGGAAGUGACUCUGACGCACAAAGUGAUACUUGUUUGAGAAUCCAAUUUGGCGUAUGGGGUUUUCAACCACCUCAGGACCGGUAGUCAUCUUCAAGUAAAGACGAGGUCGUCGAUUGUAACGACUCUUGGCUCACACCGAGGACCUACCUUGAUAAAGGGAUGUGCUGAGCUUUUCUUCAAUACAGUUUGUUGAAGGUGGUUCGAGAAGCAACAUUCUACAGCAACAACGGAGUUUAGCCUAAAUAAUAUCUGGCAUGAAAUUGUUCACCUCUAUUGCACUGGCCCUUAUGGCCUCAGCUCUCAUUUCUUCUGUCAUGGGAGAGCAAGUGCUCAGAAGACGGGGUCGAAUUGUUCGAGUUCUGAAGAGUCGACGAGGACGAGGGAGCAAAUUUGGUGCACGACUGGCCAAGGAAGCUGUUAUGCAAAAUCAGAACAUUCAAAUCGAGGAAGUCCCAGCUGGUACCUUCUCUUUGGAAGAAGUUAGAUCCAUUGGUUCUAGAUAUGGACCUCCUCAGCAAAAUGCAGUGCCCGUGAGUUCUUAUGGAUCACCAGAACAAUCUCCAAUACAAACACCCUCUACCAGCUAUGGAGCUGCUGCCCCUGUACCAGAAAGGGUUGCAUCCUCAAGCUAUGGAUCUCCUCAAGUUGAACCAGAACCCAUCCAAGCUCCCUCCAACAGCUACGGAGCUGCUGCCCCUGCACCACAAAGGGCUGCAUCCUCAAGCUAUGGAUCUCCUCAAGUUCAACCAGAGCCAAUCCAAGCUCCCUCCAACAGCUAUGGAGCUGCUGCCCCGGCACCACAACGGGCUGCGUCCUCAAGCUAUGGACGGCCACAAAUUGAUUCCCAGAUUGCUUCUCCUAGCACUCAAUCUUUAAGUCGACAAUCUCUUGGUGAAGCCAACCCUGUUGCUAUUUUGAGAUCCGUCUUUAAUACCCCAGGGAGUGAGGGCUUUGAGCGUUCUUAUGAUUUCUCAUUUGAAGCAGAUAAUGGCAUCUCUCAAGAAUCUUCGGGCGAACUCAAAACCAUUGAGGAUACAGAGGUGUACGUAAUGAGAGGAUCAUACUCAUACACAGGAGCCGACGGAGCCGACUAUGUUGUCACUUGGGUUGCUGACGAGAAUGGCUACCGUGCUGAUGCAAAGCACUUGCCAAUUGCAGUUGAAAUUCCAUUUGAAGAUCAACGUCAAGCGGUGGCUGCGCAAAUCCGAUUUGCUCAAGAAGACAAUGCAACUGAGAAAUCUGCAUCCCAAAAAUCCUAUCAGUCCUAGAAAACAAGAAAUAUUGCAAUAUGUUGGGUCAAAACCUCUGGCAGGUCUAAUUAUUUAUCAACGAAAUUGUUUCCACUUUUCAUUAGUUAUUAUGAUUGAUAACCUGAGGCAUUAAAUUAUUGAUAUCUUUAAAAAUAAGAUACACAAUUGAGCCUUAAGCUCAAACUCUUAUUUAACCGAGUUA